CUUUUAACAAUUUACGUGUUCAUAGUAACGAAAAUCGUACGUAAAAAGUAACAUGAGAGUGGAUUCGCAACCGGUGGCAAAAAGUGCGGUAAAUUCGGAUUUUUUAAUGGGUAUCUCUUAUUCGUUCGAUUAUUGAACAUGGGCUGCACCGCAUCCAAAACCUCAGUCGUUGAACCGUUGGACGGCAGCCACUCCAACGGGCACCUCCAGCUCAAAACAGUACCGGUCUCGCCCAAGCAACAAGACGUUCUUCCACCGCUGGAAGCCGAGGACCUGCAAGAGGAACUGCUCCUGGAGAACAGCUCCGUCAACAACAUGCACAAAGGAACGAACGGCAUGUCCUUCGACAUAGCCUUCGAGGAGAACGAAGAGGAGGAGAAUCCGAAGAAACUUCCGCCCAGGAGGAUCCUGGAGAGGCUGGACGGGCCGCCGCCAACGCCCAGUUUGCAGCAAUUGCAGGAUAAGCUGGAAGAAGCGGAUAUCCGACGGCAGCAGAUUUUGGCGCAACGAAUACAGUCUGCUAAGAGACACCCCUUCAUGAAGAAAUUGCAUUCCGGAUCGAGCGCAGACGAUGAGGAAGACGAUGGAUUUUUGAAGAUACCGAAAGAAAUCAACGGCAGCGUUACUUCUUAUAAAAUAUCCGAUACUUGAAGCGAUGUUUUAGUUUAGGAGGAAGGAAAUAAAUUCUUUUUAUUACUCAA